GAACCAUUCGUCAGAGAUCAGGGACGCUUGAGUACAAGGGAACUGGCCAUUGGACACAGAGGCAGCUGUUUUCUGGCUGUGCCAUCUCCAAGCCAGACUCAAUAACCCAGAUUGAACAAGAAGAAAAGCCAGUCAUCAGCCAUCAGGGGAACUCGGAAACAGGAGGUUAUGCAGUCUGCUUCAGUGAUAAUGAGCAUCCUGAUGUGAAGAGCAUAGAAGUGCAGCCAUUUGGGGGGGAUUCUGGAUCUUCAAGACAAGAAGAGAGCCACAGACAUGAUCUUCAAAACCAGAACUGGGCUGGGUCCUUGCCAUUCCACUGCAGUGUGUGCAGCAAGGGCUUCACUCACAAGUCUCAACUAGCCAAUCACGUUAGAAUUCACAGGCCAAAAAAACACUUCCAGUGCACCAAGUACGAAAAGAAUUUUGCCCAAAAGACCCAACUGCUCCGGCACCAGCACCUGCAAACGGGGGAGAGGCCCUUCCAGUGCUCUGAGUGUGACAAGAGCUUCCCAGCAAAGGGGGACAUGAAGCAGCCUGAAAACUUAGAGAGAGGACUCAAGGAGAAGAGGAGGAUGGACAGGAGGUCAUCAACGGUGGCUGUGACAUUUGAUGAUGUGACCAUGUAUUUCACAGAGCAGGAGUGGGAGACCUUGGAGGAGUGGCAAAAGGAGCUUUACAAGCAUGUCAUGAAGACCAACUAUGAGACCUUGGUCUCACUGGGCUAUGCCAUUUCCAAACCAGAUUUGAUAACCCAGAUUGAACAAGGGGAAGAACCAUUCGUCAGAGAUCAGGGACGCUUGAGUACAAGGGAACUGGCCAUUGGUUCCAGGGCUGAUGACCCUUGUGGCUUGAAGAGGACACAGAGGCAGCUGUUUUCUGGCUGUGCCAUCUCCAAGCCAGACUCAAUAACCCAGAUUGAACAAGGAGAAAAGCCAGUCAUCAGCCAUCAGGGGAACUCAGAAACAGGAGGUUAUGCAGUCUGCUUCAGUGAUAAUGAGCAUCUUGAUGUGAAGAGCAUAGAAGUGCAGCCAUUUGGGGGGGAUUCUGAAUCUUCAAGACAAGAGGAGAGCCACAGACAUGAUCUUCAAAACCAGAACUGGGCUGGGCCCUUGCCAUUCCACUGCAGUGUGUGCAGCAAGGGCUUCACCCACAAGUCUCAACUAGCCAAUCACAUUAGAGUUCACAGGCCAAAAAAACACUUCCAGUGCACUGAAUGUGAAAAGAACUUUGCCCAAAAGUCCCGACUGCUCCGACACCAGCGCCUGCACACGGGGGAGAGGCCCUUCCAGUGCCCUGAGUGUGACAAGAGCUUCCACCAGAAGGGCCAUCUGCUCAAGCACCUGCCCCUGCACACAGGGGAGAGACCCUUCCAAUGCCCCGAGUGUGACAAGAGCUUCCGAGCAAAGGGGGACCUGAAGGCCCACCAGCGCCGGCACAGGGAGGAGAAGCCAUUCUCCUGCAGCGAGUGUGGGAAGGGCUUCACCACGCAUCAUUACCUCACUGAUCACAUCAGAAUACACACCGGGGAGAAGCCCUUCCACUGCCCCGAGUGUGGCAAGAGCUUCCGCAUGAAAGCGGACAUGAGAGUCCACCAGCGCAGACACAGCAAGGCCAGGUCGUUCUGCUGCAGCGAGUGCGAGAAGGCCUUCCCCAAGCAGUCUGAACUCACAGACCACAGCAAGGUGCACACCAAGAAACAGCACUACAAGGGCCUGCUCUGUGGACUGAUGGACCUGGACUGGGGCUGAGGCAGAACCCAUGGUGUGCAAAGUGGGGCUGUGAAAGUCAAGGAAUAUUAUCUAGUCCCAAUUCUACUACAUCACUGGUCAUUCAGCUUGUGCUGGAAUAUCCCUAGUAUCAGGGACCUCAUUACCUCCUCUUUGACCCCCAUUCACAUUACAAUUCUGAAAUAUAAUCUGGCCAAUAAAGUGAGUGAUGAAACUGGCUAA